UCGUUGAUCGCAUAUUUCGAAGCUGAACAUGUAAUGUUCUCCAGAGCAUCACUGAGCCUCUGUCGCAGUGUCCGAAUUGCGCUGAUGCUGAAUCUACACAAAUUCGACGGAGUUGACGAAAGCUCAACCUCCCCUCUGCAACCACCCCAAGACUGGACUUAUUCAGAGGAACAGCGCCGAACACGGUGGGUGAUAUUUUGCGCUGACCGUCUUGUUUCUGCAACUACGAAAUCGCCAACACUGAUCCAGGAUCCUCAAAUGCAAACCCGACUUCCUGCUUCUGAUAAGGCUUAUAGCAGUGGCCGCGAAGAGAGAACAUGCAUGUUGACAGAUGAGCGACAUGGAGAACGAUAUUCCGCUCUCGCAGCAAGAGUGAGAGUUUCACAGCUUUUCUACCAGAUUUUGGACCACACCUCUCAAGUCAACCUGGCGACAAAUUUGGAUUCCAAAAUUGACCCUUUCUGGAAGCGACACAGAGCUUUAGACAACGACUUGGCUAUAAUCUUAUUAUUACUGCCCGAGACUCUCCGUCUUCCCGCAAACAACCACUGUCAACACGCCUUGUUCAUUCAUAUCCUUAUCCAUACGGCUACAAUUUGCCUUCACAGAGCAGCUCUCUUCAUGGUGAAGUCACAGACUCUCCCAGAGCACCUGAAGCUCGAAUCUCAAUAUCGGCUUCUCCCGGCACCUGAGGACAUCCUCAAUAUUUUUCGGAUCACGUCUGAUCUUCAAGUAUCUCUCAUGAACCCUUUAAUUAACUUCUCCGCGUAUAUUGCGGCCCUGGUUUUUCUAGAGGACGUACUAUCUGACUACAGUUCUCAUGGAGAGAAAGACUUGGAGUUUUUACUCAAGAUUAUGAUAGCUAUAGGCAGGGGCAAUGCAGUAACAAGAUCCUUGGCGGGCCAAUUGGCAAAAGAGAUGACAGAACAUGGUAUCCAAUCUUCGACAAUCGAAAAGGUAAGAUGA